GGUUGCUGUUGGUGUCGUAAUUCGUAAACCUAAUUAGAAAGCGAGAGAAAUAAUAAGAAAUAAAUGUCAUAAAACGCAGCGUGUAUGUUCUUACGAUGUCAAAGCAGAGCUGACGUAAUGCGGGCCGCUUCCUUAACUUGAUUAUUGAAAUCGAGUAUGCGCUUCCGAGGAGUUCGAAGGCUUUCGUAACUUAAAUGGCUAAACAGUGAUACAAGAAAAAUGGGAAACGGUUCAAAUUUCCCUCCCGUGUCCGAGGAUACAUUUUGUAAAUACGUUUUGUAUUACGAGAUUAACAAUUCGAGGGUCCGAAUAUGGGAUUUGAUUAUACUAAUACCGAAUGCUCUGUUCGUGCUGUUCCUAGUUGUUAGGUUUAACAAGGCUCAGUUGAAAUUGCGCGCUACGAGCAGUCCCAUAUUUCUAACAUUCUACUCGUUGGUAUGGGGAAAUGUGAUGAUCAGCCUAGUGCGAUGCGCCGUGUCAAUGACAGUGAAUGCAGCAAUGCCAGUGGGGGGUCUGGUGGACAAAAUCCUCUGGGUGACAGUGAGAUUUUUCCUGCUGGCCACUGAAAUGAGUGUUGUAAUAUUUGGAUUGGCUUUUGGUCACAUGGAUAGCCGAAGCAGUAUUAGAUAUGUCCUAUUGGCAACAUCAUUAAUUUCCCUUGCCUUUACUAUAACUCAAGGGACAUUAGAAAUUGUAAUGCCAGAUGACAUUUUCCACAUUGACACAAGGAAUUAUGAUCUCUUUGGACAUGGUGGCAUGCUGUUUUGGUUUGUCUCGUCACUUGUCUUUGCAUUGAUCUACUUUGCCAUACUGAUAUUGCCUUGGACACCUUUGCGGGACUAUUUGGCCUUACCAACAAAGCUCUCGUUUUACCUGUACGUGCUGCUAUUGGCGCUACUCGAUACAACGCAAGCGAUCGGCGCAGGGCUCCUUAUGUGGGGCGCAAUGCAGUCAGGGCUGUGUGUCGUCGACGUCACUUCUUGGCUUUAUUUUUCGCUGUACACGCCGUUGGUUUACCACACAUUCCUUUGCGAAUUCUUCAGUGUGUCCCAACCGAGCAUUAUGUUCUCGUACAAGGCUCAAAUGGACGAGCCCAUGGACGACGACCAGGUGUCUCUACCGCAUCAGCAGAGCUUCAGCUCCCUCAAAACCGACUCCGACUAUAUUUACCAGCAGAGUAACAGCGUAUACGACAGCACUUUGUUCGAAGCGGGGGGGACUACUCCCAUGAACCCUGUAUAUAGCGCGUCACUCCAAAGCCCCGACUCCAUAGCGUCGGGACAAUCGAUAGAAAUUGGUGCACCAGGUUUCCACACUCAGCACAUGCAAUCAACAUAACAAGAUAUGUAAAAGUAUCCGAAGACUACACAGCGAUAUAAAACUCGAUAUCCAAAGAUACUAAUAUACCUAUAGAAUUACGUCGUAGUAUAGUCUUUACAUAACAACUAGGUAUCCGAUAUUAUUUUCUUCAAAGAAUCUCUUAUUACUCGAGUAAUGUAUACUUUAAUGUACCAUGGUUUGUGACAGAUAGAGCCAGUGAUCAAAUCGUAUAACUUGAGACUGCAUUACAUCCCAUUUCCGCUUUAAUAUAGUUUUAUGAAAUGGAUCCAUCCAUAAAAAUUACACAGACAUUAGAUUAUAUUAUAGCUAGUAUUCGGUAAAGUUUGCUAUGUACAUUUCUCAUUUCUUUAAUUGUGUCUGAAAACCUUUUCACUAUGUAUUAUAUUUGUUUGAAAAGGUAGCAAUGCUAAUCCUAAGAAACUAACUUGUAUUAACAUUUUUAUGAGAAACACAAUGGGUGUUUUUUCUGUUUCAAUAUGAAUAAUAAACGAGGAAAAAAUAUGAGUACCAUAUGUUUGUCAAAUAAUCGCCACUAAUAAACAAAACAAGCAAUGUUCAAAAUGUUUUAAAGUGAUUCUAAAAAAGAAAAAAUUUAUAUCUGGCAGUAUGAUUCAGACGCCUUAGCCCGUCCCAAAGGACGAGAAUUUUAAUAGUACUUUGUACCAUUUUAAAAUGUCAGCUUGCAGGAGGUUAGCUAUCAGUUGUACUGGUAGCGCCAUCUAGUGAUCAUAAUAUCGAAUGUAGUUGGGCAGAUGCCCCUUUUUUCUAAGAUUUUCUCGAAUAUAAAUACAUUUUCAUGUAGAAACAAGUCGAAAACAGUUCUUAGGAUGGUAGCAUAAUUAUUUUUAACCUAGGAAAUGAAACUAUUUUUUCAGGUUUAACCUUAUUUUUAACCUUCUCAAUUUAGUUUGAGGGUAGAAAAGUGUGCAACAGUAACCUUGGCUACUUAAAGAUUGUAAUAUUUAAACUUUGCUGUGACAGUAGACACUUGUCUUGCGUUGUUAUUUUUGGAUUUUAAAAUUUUACACAGAUUGGAGGUAUGUACGUGUGUAUGUAUGUAGGAGGGUAGAACCGUUUUUAUUUGAAAAUUUUAUUCAUUAUGAUAUCAACUUGGAUUUUCAGCAUUUUCAUUGAUAACAAAAUUUUAUUAGACUGGUAACUAAUUAUUUCGUAGUUACCCGAUUGUGAUAAUUAAUGAUGCCAAAUAUUUUCAGAAUACUUGAUUUGGUAUUUGCCCUACCUCAUUGAAUUUAACAUAUCUCAAAUGAAUAUUAUCAGAUAUAAAGCAAUCUUCACUGUAGUUAUUAAUUUGGUUUGUUAUGGAGCAAAAUACUUUUCUGAUAAUUUAUAUUCUUUGAUCUAAAGUUAUUAUGAGAUAGUUUCAGCACAUGAAUCAAAGCAGUUUUAUUAUGUUUAUGGAGCUAUCUUUUACGUUUACUAUUGCAUAUUUUGUUUUCAAUUAAAAUGUGAGACUUACAUUCAGGACAUCUGAAAAAAAGGAAACGGUAUUGACGCUAUAUUUAAUUUAGGCUACGUUCACAUGACAAGCCGUUGGUAAGCGUUUUUAAAUUGUGCCUACUGAUUUAGCAUAACCUAUUUAGGGUGCUGAACAGAAAAGGCUAGCGAUUGCUUCACCGACAAGAGCGUAGCUUUUGUUUCUCAUUUUUAUUGGCUUUUCGCGGUUAGCGGUAAGUGGAAGAACCUAUCUAGAUUAAUUGUUUUGUAAUCUUAAUGUCAAUCCUACUGUCAGUGCUUUUUUUAAGAAUCAUCAUUUUAUGAUGUGAUUAAUGUGAUGUGUCUAAUAUAGAGCGUACUGCAGCCCCAAAAUGCUUGUCACGUGAAAGAAGUCUUAGUACCGUAAAAAAAAAAUCUGAUUGUCCGCUUCAUAUGUAAUCGGAUGUGUUACGAUGCUUUGUUGUACGUAAGUGUAGAUUUUCUAGAAUGAGCUAAGUUUAGUGUGAUUGACAGCAAUUGAUUUCUUUUGAAUAGUUGUCUUAUUGUACUGUGAUGGUAUACCUACUUAUUUUUAUACUUUGUUAUUAAUUUAUAUUUUUUUCUCUUCAAUGGUUCUUGGUAACCGCAAAAAAGAUUUAUGUAUUAUAAUUAGUUAUAGCAAAACUAUAGAGGUUGAUAAGAAUUUCUCAGAG